UAAAACAUCAUACAUUCAUAUUUCAUACCUUUAAAAAUUGUAGUAUUUAUAUUUUUUCGAGUAGAGUGAGUACGUUUAAUAGUUGUAUGUAAUAUUAUAAUAUUAUCAUCAAAUGACCAAUUGUUUUAUAUUAGAAAUAGAUGAUAUGUUUUCACUGAGAUGACAUCUGUCAAGCGUUUGCAAUUGACUCUAGCCAUCAUGAAACCUCAUGUGGUGUCCAGUCCAUUUUCUUUGCACGAUAUUAGACGAACAAUACUGGACAAUGGUUUUUACGUUGUACGGUCAAAGCGCCAAACUAUUAAAUUAGAACAGGCAGAGCAAUUUUACAGAGAGCAUAAGACAAAGUUUUUUUAUAACAGACUCAUCACAUUCAUGAUAAGCAUCCUCUUAAUUUGUGAUCACACUAAUAGUGGACCAUCAGAAGCAUAUAUAUUGGCCAGAGAAGAUGCGAUUUCGGUUUGGCGCCGUUUAAUGGGUCCGACUAAAGUUUUCCAAUGCCAGCUAAGUAAUCCCGAUUCUAUAAGAGCUAAACAUGGACUCACAGAUACUAGAAAUGCCACACAUGGAUCUGUCCCCAAAAGAAGUGAUGUUUAUUUAUUUAUCUGUCUAUUUAUAAAUUAUAUAUAAAACAAAAUGGAUGCAAAUUGGUUAUGCAUUACACAAAUACUCUGUAGUUCAGUACUGACAUCAAUGAAAUAUAUAAUGUGUAAUAAAGAUGAGUCUAUCCAUUUAUUGCAAUUUGUUACCAUUUUAAAUAACAGAAGUAGACGGUAGUGUAUAGCACGAUAACAUUUUUAAUAUAUAAUAUUAUACUUUCCAUUUAUUGUACUAUUGUUCUUAAAGUAAAUCUACAAACUGAGUUUUGUUUAAAAAAUAAUAUCUUUUAUCAGUGUUAAUAAUAAUUAAAAAUACAUUUUUGUGUAUUGAAUAAAAUAAUUAUUA